UGUAAAUCUGUGUUACUGCACUAUUCACUUCGAGCCGACUCCCAACCUCUUAUCGCCCAAACACAAUUACACCAACUUUUCAGUCUCCGUCAGAAUCACUACGACCAAAUUCUGCAAGAACACCAUGAGCAAAAAGGCAUCGAUGGACGGUGGGUCCUCCCUACCAUCGGAUGAUUCUGCUACGGUGCGCCAGUACCCAUCGGCGGGCAAAACAUGGAUCAUCAUGUCUUGUCUCUACAUUGCCAUGUUCCUGAUAGCCCUGGAUAAAACCAUCCUUGGAACCGCCAUGCCUCGCAUCACUGAUCAGUUCAACUCUCUUUCGUCAAUUGGCUGGUACGCAUCUUCGUACAUGCUUACGCUUUGCGCUUUCCAACUCCUCUGGGGCAAGCUAUACACAUUUUAUCCUGUCAAGUCAACCUACAUCGCCGCCGUAGUUGUUUUUGAGAUCGGCUCUGCUAUCUGUGGAGCUGCGCCUUCGUCUGCCGCCUUCAUUGUAGGAAGAGCCAUCUCAGGCCUGGGUAGCGCAGGUCUCAUGAACGGAGCUAUCAUUGUCCUAAUGGAGACCGUGCCACUCGAGAAGCGACCCGUAUUCCAAGGCUUGAUGGGUGGGGUAUUCGGCGUGGCCAGCGUAGUGGGUCCGUUGUUAGGAGGUGCUCUGACCGAACGCCUCAGUUGGAGAUGGUGCUUCUAUAUAAAUCUGCCGUUCGGCGCUGUGGUCAUUGCUUGUCUCAUGCUCUUGCUUCAGUCCAAACCAAAGCCAGAUACGGCCAAAACACCUUUCGCGCAAAAACUACGACAAAUGGAUCCCUUGGGCACAGCUCUCUUCUUGCCCUCUGUGGUAUGCCUGGUUCUGGGCCUCCAAUGGGGUGGUACCACCUAUGCGUGGUCGAACUGGAGGAUCACUCUCCUCAUGAUACUUUUCGCGGUGUUGGCAAUCGCCUUUGUAAUCGUGCAGAUUCUCAUGCCAGAUACUGCAACGAUACCUAUGCGCAUCCUCAAAGGCCGCACAAUGAUCGGAGCCGCCCUCUUCUGCAUCACAUGCUAUUCUAGCGUGCUCGUGGUCAGCUACUAUGUGCCGAUCUUCUUCCAAGCGCUACAGGAUUUCUCUCCGCUCAAAUCAGGUCUCGCUACAUUGCCUUUCAUUCUUGCCAUGUUCGUCGGAACAAUGCUUGCCGGAGGCGCAGUGCAGCGUUUUGGAUAUCCUGCACCGGCUAUGAUAUUCUCUGCCAUUUUCUCUUCUGUCGGCGCAGGCUUGAUCACUACUUGGCCAGUCAAUGUUGGCAGCAGUAUGUGGAUCGGCUAUCAGGUCAUUUCUGGCCUUGGCGCAGGCCUUGGGAUGCAGCAACCCAACUUGCUUACCCAGAUCGUUCUUGCCGAGAAGGAUAUAACUAUAGGCGUAUCGUUCAUAGUCUUUGUGCAGAACCUGGGUGGAGCCUUGUUUAUCAGUAUCGCGCAGAGCAUAUUCACUGAUUCAUUGGCCACGCAGCUUAGCAAAAUCCCCGGCUUACAUCUUUCGCGCGAACAAAUCGUAUCGAUGGGAGCGACCAACAUCAAACACCUGGUUUCGAAGGACAUGGUUGGAAUGCUUGCUGAGGGAUACAGAGUGGCGAUCCGAAAUGUCUUCUACAUGGGACUGGUAUUAUCCUGCUUGAGCAUGGUGGGUGCUGUUGUGGUCGAAUGGCGCAGUAUCAAGAAAGAUGAGAAGGCACAGGGUAAUGAAAAGAAAGAUGCACAGGCCGAGGUUUGA